GGAAUGGCGGACGGACGGUAGGGGCGGCCCGCCCCGGUGGUGGUGAGUGGAGGGAGCCGGCGAAGAGAGCGAGGCCGCCUAGCGGGAACACUGCCUGAAGCGGGUCCACCAUGCCGUUAGUAACGAGGAACAUUGAGCCAAGGCACCUGUGCCGUCAGACGUUGCCUAGCGUUAGAAGUGAGCUGGAAUGCAUGACCAACAUCACCCUGGCAAAUGUCAUUCGACAGCUGGGCAGCCUGAGUAAAUAUGCAGAGGACAUUUUUGGAGAGCUGUUUACUCAGGCCAACACCUUUGCCGUUCGGGUGAGCUCUCUAGUCGAGAGGGUCGACCGCUUGCAAGUCAAGGUCACACAGCUGGAUCCCAAAGAGGAAGAAGUGUCCCUACAAGGCAUUAAUACAAGGAAGGCCUUCAAAAGCUCCACCACUCAGGACCAGAAGCUCUUUGACAGAGUCUCUCUCCCGGUGCCUGUCCUUGAAACAUACGGCAUCUGCAAUACUCCACCACCUCUCAACAUUCUCUCCCCUUACAGGGAUGAUGGCAAAGAGGCACUCAAAUUCUACACAGACCCUUCAUACUUCUUUGACCUUUGGAAAGAGAAAAUGCUCCAGGACACCAAGGAUAUCAUGAAAGAAAAGCGGAAGCACAGGAAAGAGAAGAAGGAUAAUCCCAACCGAGGGAACGUGAAUCCGCGGAAAAUCAAAACCCGAAAAGAGGAGUGGGAGAAAUUGAAAAUGGGACAGGAGUUUGUUGAGUCAAAAGACAGACAAGGACCUGCUGGAUAUCCCUCUAAUAUGGUGUAUCAGAAUGGCAGCAUUGGCUCAGAUGAGAGCAUGGAAAUGAACUACUAUCCACCACCACCGCAGUCUGAUUCUAUCUCACCACCAUCUCCAUCCUACCCAGAGGACAACCUGCCUCCACCACCCUUGGAUUUUAGCUACCCAGUAGAUAACCAAAGAGGUUCUGGUUCUGGAGGACAAAAAAGAUCCAGCCUGGUCAGUCCAAGCCAUCCUCCACCAGCUCCUCCGGUUGGAUCCCCAUCCAGUGCCAGGCCUGGCUUUGCUCCACCUCCUGCUCCUCCCCCCCCACCACCAAUGUCAGGAAUUCCCCCGCCACCUCCUCCUGUAGGAUUUCCCAAUUCAGGGAUGCCGUCGCCACCAUCUCCAUCCUCCUUCCCUCCUCACCCCGAGUUUUCUGCCCCUCCUCCGCCAUCACCUCCAGCAGCAGAAUACUUCGCUGUGCCUCCACCACCGUCACCUCAGCCAACAGAUGGUGCGCCUCCCCCUCCUCCCCCUCCUCCCCCUCCUGGUCCCCCACCUGUGCCUUCCAGUGGCAUGGAUGGUGCACCAGCUCCACUUCUGCCUCCAGACUCCUCGGCCUCCAAGCCAAAAUCUUCCUUGCCUCCUGUUACUGAUGCCAGAAGUGACUUGCUUUCAGCUAUCCGUCAAGGCUUCCAGCUCCGCAAGGUGGAGGAACAGCGGGAACAGGAGAAGCGGGACGUUGGGGGCAAUGACGUGGCAACGAUCCUCUCUCGCCGCAUCGCUGUGGAAUACAGCGACUCCGAGGAUGAUUCUUCGGAGUUUGGCGACGACUGGUCUGAUUAACCAUGGUCCUGUUCCCCAGGCUCCUCCUCGCUAGCCUGACCCCUUUCUUAAAGAGCCAAGUACUUCCUAGGUUGCCAAAGCCUUUUAGCUUUUCCUGUCUCCUCCAGUAACCGAAGAUGUACCAAGGGGUUUCAGCAAAUCACCAUUGGCUUUGGCAAGACUUGCACUCGCCUUUCCAAAAGGUCUCCUGCGAGAUGCUGUGGGUUGCAAUGUUGUUUUCCAGCAGGAGGGGGAGUGGUGCUUGCUCAUUAAAGGAACCGUAAACCACCAGAUUUGCAAUGCCACAGAACAAAGCAAGGUUAAAGAUCCUUUGGGAUGUCUGUUUUUUUUUUUUUUAAAGUUAAAAAUCAGUGACCCUAUUGCAGCCAAAAGGCUCUUCAGAAGGGCCUUUUAAGCUGGUUUUCUUACUGCAGCAGCAUAUAGGAUAUAGUCGAUAUAACUCUCUCUUCCUCUCCAGUUAAUAUUGGGAGUAGUGCUAGAAAAUGGGCUUAAAAUGGCUCUUCUAGUGCAUCCCAUUAUUAAAUAACCCUUUGAACAAUCCAUUUUUUUUUUUUUUGGUGAUGGAAGCAUCAUUUUUCCACCAUUUCAAAACUAACCUGCCUAAAAAGCUCUCUCAAGCUGUGGGAUUGCAGGGUGCACUACAUGGAAACCUGGGGGUUAGGUUUUCUUUAAAAGCUGCCUCUACAUCCUCCAAUAGCCUGGGUUGUGCCUCCACCACUGCUGAAGGAGGCUGAACUAAGAGACACAGCCUUAGCAAAACGCUAACCUGGCUGGCUGCGCACUCCGGGGGUGCAAGGGCAUUACCAAGUCAGGAAGUUUCCCUGCUGCUACUGGUGUGCUGUGGGAAGUAAGCAGUGACAGCUGGGGCUUGCUAGGUUCUGCUGUGCUGGGAAGGUUUUCAUCUGUUACCUAGUGAGCUCUGCAGUGUGUCUAGAGCAGGAGAUGUAACCAGCGGUAUUGGGUGGGAAGAGGCGAGCUCUGAGCACCAAAUAGGCCUCAGGCCCAUUUGGCAUUCAGUGUGUCUACAAUUCACUUACCAGCCAGGGCAAGGAGGCGAAGCAUCAGGGUCUCAUUUGGCCUAUUCAGGGCAGCACUUUGGUCAGUUUGAAUACAGGUGCUUUUCAUUGAGGUUGAUGGUGCACUUUAUGCAGGGAAUUGAGCAGCAGAAAAUGCCAGUAUUUAGCCUAUGCUGCUGUCUCCUAUCCUGGGGGAGAGGGUUACAUGUUGCAGGGUCUCUCUGUGGACUGAGUCAGCCAUCGGUAACAUUACAUCUAGCCCAUAUUAGUGGUUUUCCACUACUUCACAUCCAUAGUCCAGUAGUUAAUUCUCAGAAAAGGUUGUAUUAUCUCCUUUACCAGAUAAACUUACAAAUUCCUGAUAUGCUCCCAGAGAUGCAUUACAGGUAGGGGUGGAAAUGGGGAUUUUAGAUUAGCUAACUUAGGUUUUAUUGUUUUUAUUACCUUUUAAAGUUGAGUGCAAGCACCUCCAACAGGAUAGAUACAAAGACCUCUGUGUAGCAGGUGCUUGUUUAAUAUCUUAUCUGGGCUUGACUGUCCAAGUCUCCGUCAGUGUGACAUAAAAGAACAAUUCCUAAGUUUUUCACAAAGAUCACAGCCCAUGUGAUUCAUGGAUCCAACUAUGGGGGGAGGGACAAUGCAGCUCUGCCUUUACUUUUCUAAAGUAUUUUGCCAACAUGUGCCUCUCCUUCCCUUCCCUCUAUGACUUGCCUUAUUACUGCUUUUGUGUAUCAAAACAAAGAUUUCACUAAUCCAUGGGACACCAGAUACAGCCAGAGGUUGCCAUAUUGCCAGAAAAAAAACCCUCUUGGGUUUGUUUUCUUAGUGUUUAAAUUCUCACUUUUCUGGAUUCUUGCUAUUUUCUUGAAUAUCUUUCCCUUUUUUAACGUUUGAAAGAGAGAAUAAAUGAAGUGGCCUAGAUCUUAGGUUUCUCUAGAGGCUGGGGACCACGUUUUUGGGUGCAGGUGUUGUCAUGUUCCAGUUUGACCGUAAAGCACCAGUGAGGUUAAUUUAUUAAAUCUCUGCAUUGCUAUAUUUGGCAGCAAGCCAAGUGGGUAAGGUAGACUCCUAAGAGGGCAUAGGGCUGGUCUUCAUUAUGGGGAGAUUGAUGCUGCUGCAGUCGAUGCAGCAGGGGUUGAUUUAGCGGGUCUAGUGAAGACCAUAAAGACGCUAAAUCGACGGCAGAGCACUCUCCAGU